CGAUGUGACACACAAUGCAAUUGCUCACCACCUGCCGAUGGAUGCCCAGCCAGUCCCCGAGCAACGGCAGCUAACUAACCCAGUUUUAUCGUUGAGCACAAUGCCAUACAGUAUGAGACAUCCUUCUGGUCAAUCUAGGUGUCCUAGCUGCGUCCCCUCACAGCUCCUUGUGCUCCCCCAGCCUCCUCACUGGCAAGGCAGUGUGAGAAGCUGAAACAUUGUUGGCUCUUUGUAAGCACUACCCUCUAGCAACUAAAACAUCUGUGUGUUAUCAACAUUAUGUUCCUCCUAAAUCCAGAACACAGCACCAACAGAAAUCAUGACACAGGCUGAUGCUACUCCUUAUGAAGAUGUCACAUAAGGAGAUGACCUGGUUGAUCACAACAACCUGGCCUCCAGGCUCCAGAUUUUGUUGCUACUUAUCUUUCUGACUCUGAUUCACCUUCUCUUUCAGAACUUUCAUUAUUGUAGAACAAUGCAUCUGUAACUGAGAAGGACUCUUGGCUCUGCAGUGGUUGCCAAUUAUACCCAGAUUCUUUACAGUCGUGCCUCAUUCAGUUUUACCCUUCCUUGCUCAUGUGUCACAUCCAUGUUCACUCUAGCAAGAGGGGAUUAUUGCUGCAAUACAGUGGGACUGGUUUGCUCCAAAUUUUUCUGUGAAGCACAGCAGUAUUGCAGUACCUGUCUGUAACAGCUACCUAGUCUAUAAGACAGGCCAGUAUACAAAACAAACACCUGCAGCACAUCCUAAACUUCGCAUAGAAAUAUAUCCCAAACUUAGCAGAUACAUCUCCUCCAGAUAGCUAAACGUUGUAAUAAAGAGUACAUGCUUGUAGUCCUUUAUGAAUUCUCAGAAUGGGUUGAGGCUUAUGCCUGCAAACAUACUGAUGCCACUACUGUGGCCUAGAAACUUUUAAGAGACUUGAUACUGCGAUUUGGCAUUUCUCUUUUAUAGAUAGUAAUCAAGGCACUCAUUUCACAAGCCAAACAACUAAAAGUAUUUGGACAGCUUUAAACAUUAAGCAACACCUGCGUUAUGCCUCAACCCAGCAGUGCAGCAGAAGAAUCUCUGACCUGAGAAGUAAAUUAGCCAGAGUAUGUUAAGAAACAAGACUGAAACAGCAAGAAGCACUGCUGCCGACAUAUAUGCAAAGCACAGCAAAUAGGAAGCACAGCCCUUCUCCUCAAAAGAUUCUUAUAGGAUGGCCAUUGCACUUUCCUCAUUCACCACCUGAAGCACAGCAUGAACUUGACCUGUGACUGACGUUCUAAAUUUAAAUUAUUGCAGAUCCCUAAAAACCAUGGGAUAUCUGCCUCUUCUCAGGAAAAGGAAGCUCUCCUAGGACCUUCCUUCAGAUCGUGCCACUCUCUGCAGCUGGGAGACUGGGCUUACACUAAGGUGUGCCAGCGAGAAGACUCCAGUCUGACGGGAGAGGAAGCACACACACAUACACACCCAGCCACCCACCCUGGAUGGAUCCCAUUCCAAGUCGCCCCUUCCAACAAGUCGGCAGGGAGGCGGGGGCGGGCAGGAGCACAGCACGACCCGCGCUGGAAGUAGCCUUCAACGCCAAGCGCCGAGGACGUCUGAAGCCUGUGCCAAGUGUUUGGGAGGUUUUCAAGCCACAAGGGGCGGAGCGCAGCAGUAAAAUUAGAAGUAUUUCAUAUUAAUAUGUUCGUAUUUAACACCCAACGUCCCUGCCCGGUAGUCCCGCGUCUCCGUGACGAGCUUCCGACCCGCUCCUCUAGGUCCGGACCCUCCCACCGUCCCCGAGGCGAGCUGCCCUCCGGAGCCCGGCCCGGCCCACCUCCGCGCCCGCCCAAGGAGGCGGACGCGCCCCGGGGCCACAGGGCAAAUGGGCGCCCUUACAUUGUGCCGAGCGAGCUUCUGCUGCUGGCAGAAGUGGCUCUCCCGGUUCGGCCCCGCUCCGCAGCACCACAGCCCCCUGCAGAUCCCUGGGGUGUCCCCGGCCCGCGGCCUCUCUUCCAUGGCCGCCACCAUCCGCUUUUCGCCAGCCACCCGCAGCCUCUUCGAUGAGCCGCUGGGUAUCGCCGUGCAGGGCCUCGGCCCGCGGCAGCAGGUCACCCUGCGGGCGUCCUUGCGGGACGAGGCGGGAGAGCUGUUCGAGGCCCACGCGCGGUACCAAGCGGCGGAGGAUGGGGAGCUGGACCUGGCCCGCUGCCCCGCGCUGCCGGGAGGCAGCUUCAGCGGCCUGGAGCCCAUGGGGCUGCUGUGGGCGCUGCAGCCCCGCAAGCCCUUCUGGCGGCUGGUGAAGAGGGACGUGCUGACCCCCUUCCGCCUGCAGCUGGAGGUGCUGGAGGGCCACGGGGACGGCCCCGGGCGGCUCCUGGCCCAGGCCCAGCACGAGCGGGCGUUCCUGCGGGACGGGGUGCGCAGGGUGCCGGUGCGAGAGGGGAGGAUCCGGGCAACGCUCUUCCUGCCCCCCGGAAAUGGUCCCUUUCCGGGAGUUAUUGACUUGUAUGGCACUGGAGGAGGACUCCCUGAAUACAGGGCAUGCCUGCUGGCCAACUAUGGCUUCGCUGUGCUGGCUCUGGCUUUCUAUGGCUAUGAAGAUCUCCCCAAAGGGAUGAAGGAGUUCAAUCUGGAAUAUUUUGAAGAAGCUGUUAACUAUAUGUUACAACACAACCAGGUUAAAGGUCCAGGGAUUGGAUUGCUUGGCUUCUCCAAGGGGGGUGACCUGUGCAUUUCAAUGGCCUCCUUCCUGAAGGGCAUCACGGCCACCGCUGUGAUCAAUGGCUCAGUGGCAAAUGUGGGCGCAGUGCUCCGCUACAAGGAUGUCACCAUUCCACCCCUGAGUGUCAACACAAAACGCAUCAAGGUCAACAAGUCUGGGAUUGGUGAUAUCAUUGAUGCACUUAACAAUCCAUUAGAAGGGCCUGACCGCCAGAGCUUUAUCCCCUUGGAGAAGGCCGAGUGUUGCUUCUUGUUCAUUGUUGGCCAGGAUGAUCACAACUGGAAAAGUGAAUUCUUUGCAGUUGAGGGGAGCAAACGUUUACAAGCUCAUGGGAAGGAAAAGCCUGAGAUAGUCUGUUAUCCUGGGGCAGGACAUUAUAUCGAACCCCCCUUUUUCCCAAUGUGUGCUGCGUCAAUGCACCUGCUGGUUGGCAUGCCUGUGAUGUGGGGUGGGGAGCCCAAGGCGCACUGUGAGGCACAGAUAGAUGCCUGGCAGCAGAUCCAGGCCUUCUUCCACAGACACCUCGAGGGUGAGCCUUCCAGGACAGCCAAUAAGCUGUGAUGUGAUUUGGGUUACAGUACAGAGGAAGAUGCUAGUGUUUCACAUUUUUCACAUUCUGUUUCACAUUUGUUUUGUUAAAGGGCUCUGAAUGAGAGCAGAGAGGAUCAGAUAAUAAACAGAUGGUUUUCUCUGAGCAGAUGGUGGGCGAGAGGUGCAUCCUUUCCACACCUUCCUUUAACGUGCAGUGAUAUCUUGGCCUCCCAUUGUGUGUAGUAUAGGAAAGAUGUGGAAAUACAAUGAUGGCAGGGCUGGGUUUGUUUUGAAUGUGAGUUUAAGUGGAAGGUAAAUCAGCUGAGAAGUGGGAUGAAAAUUUACCUUGUAAGUCUUCCUCAGAGGAAGCGUGUUGGAUGCCACUGUCCUUACCAGAGACAGUGCACUGUUUGUUUGGUUGGUUUUUUUUCUGGAAGCAGCUGUUGUCUCUUCCUACAUCUAGUAAUCUUAUCUCACGUCACUAAAUUGUAUGUCUGCCUUAACUCCAUCCAUUCUGAUAUCUAAUAUCUAACAGCAAGUCUCCCAUUUAGAGAUGACAACAGCCCAUAGCCUGAAAGCUCAUUCUGGGUAUGUGCCAGUAAAACUGAUAAGACAGGCUUCCCCUCUGGCUUUCUCAGAGGACUGGGGAGCAGCAGGGUUCUGUUCUGGAGAUGCUGAGCAGUUUUUUGGCUCGCGAGCAUACACUUGAAAGAGAAAGCACUGAGUGUUGCUAGGGUGGUGCUGGUGACUCUUCACAGUUACCUGAAAAACCCUUUGGUGCCUUACAAAGGCAGGCUGAGAGUGUGCAGCUAGUUGGUUAUAUCCAGCGCUUGAAUUCCACAAGUUAUUAAUGCACCUUGCGCUUUUCUAAUUCAUUAAAGUGAAACGUUAACUCGA